AGAAGGAAAGGGAGAAGAUAUGGGAGAAGGAAGUGGAACAGGAGAAGAAAAGGAAAGAGGAGAAGAAAUGGUAGAAGGAAAUGGAAAAGGAAAGAGAAAAGGAAAGGAAAAAGGAAGUAGAACAAGGGAAGGAAAAAGAGAAGGUAAGGGAGAAGAAUAGGAAGAAGGAAAUGGAGGAGGAAAGGGAAAAGAAAGAGGAAAAAGAGAAGAAAAUGAGCAGGAAAAAGGGGAAGAAAAUAGGAAGAGGAAGGGGUGAAAAGGGGCAGGAGGAAAGGGAGGAGAAGGAAAAUAAUACUAUAAUUAAAGGAUAUGUAAGAAAUACAUUAAAAAAACAGUAAUUUUUA